ACUAAUGACCGUAUAAUGGAAAAAAAUAUGAAAACGAAUGAUGCUUACGGCAGAAUAAUAGCCAAAGAUGUAUAUUCCCCCAUAAACGUGCCGUCUUGUAAGACUUCCGCUAGACAUGGAUACGCGGUGUUGACCAGUGACGGAAAGGAUGUAAGGAAAGUGUUGAAAGCACAAGUCACGUUUGAUAAAAUUUUGGUCGUACCUGGCACCUGUGUGCGAGUAAGAAGUGGAGAUCCCAUACCCAAUGGAGCAAAUGCAGUUGUAACGCCAGAGAAUAUAAAGAUAUUCGAAGAAUGCAGUGAUAAUGAUGACGAUUAUUUUAAUAUCGAUGACAAGGAAUAUGAAAUUGAAGUCUUGGUUGCCCCAGAAAUAAACGAGAACAUCAGAAACGCUGGCUAUUUAAUAAAGUAUUCCCAACUCAUUGUACCAAAGUUCACACGUCUCGGACCAGCGGAAUUGGGUAUUUUGAUAUUAUGUAGCCACGAUUUAAUUCCAAUCAUUGAACUUCCGUCUGUAGGUCUGCUAUCUAUCAGUAGCGAAUUGAAAGAACCUGAAAAUACUUUAACUUUAGGACGUAUUUAUGACAGCAAUAGAGUAACUCUGACCUCAUUAUUAAAAGAGAAUGGAUACGAUUCUGUUGACUUCGGAAUUUCUGCUUACAAGUUGAAUGAUAUAAUAAAAAAAAUCGAAGACGCUUUGAACGAAGUAGAUGUACUUGUGAUAAUGGGCCGUUCAAACGACAAAGAUAUAUUAAAACUAGUUUUAAGGGAAUAUUUUAACGCUACGAUACAUUUCGGUCUCUUGAACAUGAAACCAGGGAAAUCGACAACGUUUGCAUCUUGCACGUACAAUUAUAAGAGGAAGUUUUUCCUGUGCAUGUCGGUAAACCCGGCAACCGUUCCCAUUGUUGCGCAUGUAUUGCUUCUACCACUUCUAAACACGAUGCACUACAAUUUCUUCAAGGGGCCUAUCAUUCUGCAAACUUGCAUGAAUAAUCACGAGUUGCAUUUGCGUCCGAAAUUUUCAUGGACGACCGUACAAUGGACAGAAGAAGAGAUGUUUCCAAGGGCUUAUUGCUCAAAAAAUCGACAUCAGAAUAUAAUGAAAUAUCAAAAGGCUAAUGCACUUCUAAUGUUGCCGCCGCGCACGUGGCAGGUGCCGAAGUUAGACGCAGCAUUCUUUAUACGGCCAUUAGAUAGUGAUGAACAACAAUUAAAUGAACAAUUAAUUGAAGUCUCUGAAAUAGAUUACCAUAUUGUAAACAAUUUAGCAGGAAAUGUGAGUCUCAUGCAAAUUGUGAAAUGUGAUAAAGAGGAAAUAAAGAAAGAAUUAACUUUAUUGAGCACUCAGUAUAGUGAUAAUGUUAUCUUAUUAGCUGGCGAUGCGAGUGAUGUUGUAUAUGACACAAUUAUGGAAGUUAUCGAUAAUAACAAUGACCUUUGUGACAUAAACAUCUCAAUAUCAAACUUAAUAGGGAGACUAAAAUAUUUAAUUGCUCGGCCGAUAUGUGGAAUACGAAACAGGAAUCUUAUUAUUAAUCUGUGUGGCUCCUGUACGAUAGAAUGUUUGAAAGAAUAUGGAUACAUGAUACUGGAUAUAUUAUGCUUAAUUAAUAAGUCAGAUAAAAAGAUUUAUGAUACAAAGAAGGACGAUAGUUGUGUUGAACCAUUUAAUAAUAACAUUAAUAAUAAUAAUAAUAAUUCUGAUGAACCAUUUCAUAAUAGUAAUAAUAAUGAUGGUAAUUCUGAUAAACCAUUUCGUAAUAAUUGUGCUGAUGAUAAUUUGGCUGGACCAUCUAAAAAUUAUAGUGAUGAUAAUUUUGAUGAAUCAUUUUAUAAUAACAAUAGUAAUGAUAAUUCUGUUGGGUCAUCUAAGAAUACUAAUAACAUACACAAUUCUGAUGAAAUGUCUAUGGAUAUUUCCUUCGAAGAACAAUCGAAAACCGCAUUGACAAUAAAUGAUAUAAUUUAUAAAGAACAAAAGGGAAGCAAAAUGGUAUCACUGGAAGAAGCAAAAAAUAUAAUGGAAAACGUAAUAAUCCAAUAUUAUGAAAGAUGUACAGAAACCGUACAGACGAAUGAUGCCUAUGGCAGAAUAGUGGCCGAAAACGUACAUUCUUCUGUAAACGUACCGCCUUGUUGUAUUUCCGCUAAACGUGGAUACGCGGUGUUGGCCAGUGACGGGCAAUGUGUCAGAAAAGUGUUGAAAGCAAAUCUCACGUUAGCUAAAAAGAAGAUUUUGGUUACACCUGGCACUUGCGUGCGAGUAAGAAGUGGAGAUCCCAUACCUGAUGGAGCAACGGCGGUUGUAAUGUCUGCGAAUACAAAGAUAAUAGAUGAACGCGAUAAUGAUGAUUAUUUUAAUAUGGACAACGAGGAAUACGAAAUUGAGGUCUUAGUCGCUCCAAAAGAAGAUGAAAAUAUUAGAAACACUGGCUGUGAAAUACAGUUCAAUGAGAAUAUUAAAAACUCACGCAGUCGUGUUGAAACAGCGGAUCUGGGCAUUUUGACAUUAUGUAACAUCGAUUCAAUUACGGUCUUUAAACUUCCAACUGUAGGCCUGCUAUUUAUCGGUUAUGAAUUAUUAGAUCCUGAAAACAUUUCAACUGUAGGACACAUCUUCGGCUGUAACAGGAUAAUUGUAUCCUCGUUAUUGAAGAAGAACGGUUAUAAUCUUAUGGAAUUUGGAAUUUCAGCUCAUGAGCCGAAUAUUAUACAAUACAGAAUCAAGGACGCUUUGGACAAAGUUGACUUACUCGUGAUAAUAGGCCGUGCGAACGACAAAGAUAUAUUGAAGCCUACCUUAAAGACAUUUUUCAACGCUAAUAUACAUUUCGGUUGCGUGAACAUAAAACCAGGGAAAUCGACAAUGUUUGCAUCGUGUGAGUUCAAGCAAAAGAGAAAAUUUUUCCUGUGUAUGUCGGCAAAUCCAACAACCGUACCCAUUAUCACGCAUAUAUUGCUUCUGCCGUUAUUGAACAUGUGCUGUAAUUUAGACGAUAAUCCCUUGAAGAUACAGGCUCGCAUAAAAACAUCUCACGAGCUGCACUUGCGUCCGAGAUUUUCGUGGACAUCCUUACAGUGGUCGGAGAAAGAAGCUGACACAUAUCCAAGUGCUUACUGCAUAGAUGUUAAACAUCAGCACAUGAUGAAAUAUCAAUUUAGUAACGCGCUUCUAAUGCUGCCGAGGUACACGUCGGAAGUUCCGAAGUUAAACGCGAACUCAGUAUUUUUACCAGCGAUGUUUAUGGGCAACUGA